CACAAGGAAACGCAGCGGUCACAGUGUACCUCGUUUUAACUUUUCGGCUGAAUUUCACAAUUAAAGUUAUUCCUAACGUUAAAUGUGUUCAAAAUGGAAAAUGAGACGUUCAUCUGAAAAACUAAUUUUCUUUUGGUGGUGCCGUCAACAACCGGGGUGUUUAAAAACUAUUACCCCCGCACCCCAAUUACUGGCUGUAAUGGUACAUUCCAGGAAGUUUCUUUCGUUCAUUCAUCCUGCGACCAGGUGGUUUCAUCGCUAAAUGCAUCACAAUUUCAGUCCACAUUGGAUGAAAGAAAAUUCAUGCGUUUAUCCAAUUGUGGCUUUAUCCAACACCGUGUCCUAGUUGUGAAUACAGGACGAUUUUUAAAGCAAGUAAAAGAUUAUUAUCACCGACUGUCAUUAUUAUGAUGUCAGAGUGGACGAGUCUGUGUGUGGCUGUUAGCUUGUUCGUCACUAUUUCGAUAUUAGCAGGUUACUUUUUGUACUCCGGACUCUUGUCAGAUAUCAUUAUAUUAACUGGAUCUCCUCCUAUAAGAAAGCUGAUGUUCGUCUACAAGUUUAAGGAAGGACCUUAUAAAAAAUGUGCUGAACUGUUUAAAGAGGCUAACAGUAUCGGACCUGAGCUCUCUUGUAUCGGAAUAUUUUAUGAUGAUCCCACAAAGGUGCCCGGACCGCAGUGCCGCUGCGCUGUGGGCAGCAUUGUGAGCGAGGGGGAGGACAAGGCCGACAAGGAGCUUCUGAAGCGCUACGAGACAGCUGGCUUUAAAGUGUUCUCUUUCCCUGAAGUCACACACGUGGUCACUACCUCAUUCCCCCACAGGACCGUUUUCUCGAUUCCCCUGGGAGUAAAACGGGUCUAUCCACGGCUAGAAAGCUACAUCAAGGGUCUGCUCCACUUGGAUCACAAUGGAAAAUUCCUGUAA